AUGACUGUUCACUUUAUUUCCAAAGACUGGAACCGUGUCAAAUUCUGCAUCUCUUGUUCUCCAUUUGAUGAAAGUCAUACUGCAAAAAAUAUUUUCAAAGAGAUCAAAGCAGCAGCAGAGGAAUGGGAAAUUUCUUCAAAAAUUGGAGUUUGCUUAAGAGACAACGCAGCAAAUGUAAAAGCAGCCUUCAAUGAGCCAAGCUACAGACUUGGCUUAAAAAACGAUGUUGCCACAAGAUGGAACUCUACCUAUUACAUGCUUGAGCGAAUUUUACACCUGAAACCAGCCAUUGCUGCAACCUUACUCAAAUUUCCUUCUGUGGGAAUUGAAUUUUCCGUCCAAGAUUGGAGCCUCUAUGAAAAAGUGGUGAGAAUUUUAAGUGUUUUUGAGGAGGCAACAAAAAUGUUGUCAGGUAGUGAUUCUUGUAUCAGUUCCUGCAUUCCAAUUGUGACAACAAUAAUUAAAGCUUUGGAAACAACCUCCGGCGACGUCAGUGUUCAGGAAUUGAAAAUAGCUAUGAAAAAUGCAAUGGAAAAACGUUUUUCAGCAAUUGAAAAAACAGAACAUUAUUCAGUUGCUACUUUACUUAAUCCAAAAUACAAAUGGUAUUUUUUCCGAUCUCAAGCUGCUUUGCAAAAUGCCAAACACAUUGUCAUGUCCCAAAUGGAGAAUUUUGAACCUCUUGAAGAUGAAUUGGCUCCUGUUACUCAAAUUCCAUCUGGUGACAAUGAAAAAAACACGGCAUUCUCGCACAUAAUGUCAAAAAUUAUUGCACAGUCUCAAACAGGACCAAAUGAGCAUUCAUCUUCCAAAAUGACGAGGGAAGUGUUGAAGGAUUUUUUGGAUUGUCCAAUGGCUUCUCAUUGCCUAGAAUUUUGGAAAAACUAUGAAAAAAAUGCGACUAGCAAAAUCAAGUUAGCAUUGACUAAGGUGGCAAAAAAGUACCUCACACCACCCCCAACAUCCACAGAUGUUGAAAGAUUGUUUUCUACGGCUGGAGGUAUUCUAUCUAACGAAAGAAACAGACUCCUUCCUAAAAAUUUGGAAAAACUCCUUUUUUGUCGAGAAGAUCUUGCAGUUGUUGGAUUCUGCUAUUAA